CACUUGCGAGUCCCAUUCACCACAAUGACUGACUCGUCUUUGUACAGUGCUGUGACCUGGGCUACCAUGCCAGCCUCCACCGUGCCCUGAGGACCUACUUGUCAGCGGAACAGAAUGUAGAGGUAUCCAAGCACACUGGUCUGGAGACACUGGAGGGUGCCGCUGAAAGUCUGGAGCCCAACGGAGACAAACAGAAGCUGAUGGAGACCUACAACAAUGUCUUCUGUCCGCCAGCUCGCUUUGACUUCCAGUCGCACAUGGGAGACACGAUGGGCGUCAUGUGUGCACAACAGCCACUGGAAAGUGAGCUUCUCCAGAGGUGUCAGCAGCUUCAGUCGCGUCUCUCCACACUCAAGAUAGAAAAUGAAGAGGUGAAGAAGACCAUGGAAGCCACUCUGUCCACCAUCCAGGACAUGGUGACAGUGGAGGACUAUGACGUGUCCGAUUGCUUCCAUCACAGCAACAGCAUGGAGUCCGUCAAGUCGACGUUCAGUGAAUCCUAUCUCAGCAAGCCCAGCCUUGCCAAGAGGCGGGCCAACCAACAGGAGACAGAACAGUUCUACUUUACGAAGCUGAAGGAGUUUCUUGAAGGCAGGAACCUGAUCACUAAGCUCGACGCCAAGCAUGACCUCAUCCAGAAAACCAUAGGAGAGAGUGAGUGUCCUUCAUACUUUUUUAGACGUGUCCUCUAUAUGUGGAGGUCACAGUGACUGCGACCAUAUGUGGACAACAGAUGUGCCGGAGUGAGCGCUGAGGAGAU